CCGCGGUGGCCGACUGCGCAGCGGAAGUUCGACGGCGCGGGCUGAGUGGCUGCGGCUGCGGCGCCUCCCGCGGUGCUCGCAGUGGAGCGGGAGGCCAGCCUAGUUCGGGCAUGAUAUCCGGGACAAGGACGGAUCCCUCCCAUCCCUCCGUCCGACGUACCACCAUGGACCUGGAAUCCAAAGUGAUGAAGAUGGGCUUAGGCCAUGAACAAGGAUUUGGAGCCCCCUGUCUAAAGUGCAAAGAAUGUGAAGGCUUUGAACUACACUUCUGGAGAAAAGUAUGUCGUAACUGCAAGUGUGGCCAAGAAGAGCAUGAUGUCCUUUUGAGCAAUGAGGAGGAUCAAAAAGUGGGGAAACUUUUUGAAGACACUAAGUAUACCACCUUGAUUGCAAAGCUAAAAUCUGAUGGAGUUCCCAUGUAUAAGCGCAAUGUUAUGAUAUUGACUAAUCCUGUUCCUGCCAAGAAGAAUGUCUCCAUCAAUACGGUUACCUAUGAAUGGGCUCCUCCUGUCCACAAUCAGGCAUUGGCUAGACAGUACAUGCAGAUGCUGCCUAAAGACAAGCAACCAGUGGCAGGCUCUGAGGGAGCACAGUACCGGAAGAAGCAGCUGGCAAAGCAGCUCCCUGCACAUGACCAAGAUCCAUCAAAAUGCCAUGAACUGUCUGCCAGCGAGGUGAAGGAGAUGGAGCAGUUUGUGAAGAAAUACAAGCAUGAGGCUCUGGGAGUAGGAGAUGUCACACUCCCCUGUGAGAUGAACGCCCACGGCCUUGACAAAGUACAUAUCUCCGGCGGGGACAGAAGCACCCCAACAGCAAUGGGAGCCCUGGAGAAGAAGUCUUCCGACAACAAAAAAUCCCAAUAUUCCUGCCACAGCUGCAAACUGGCUAUGAAAGAAGGAGACCCAGCCAUCUAUGCCGAGAGGGCAGGCUAUGAUAAACUGUGGCACCCCGCUUGCUUCACCUGCAGCAGCUGUAGUGAACUCCUGGUCGACAUGAUAUACUUCUGGAAGAGCGGGAAGCUGUACUGUGGCCGACAUUACUGUGACAGCGAGAAGCCCCGGUGUGCGGGCUGUGAUGAGUUGAUAUUCAGCAAUGAAUAUACCCAAGCAGAAAACAAGAAUUGGCAUCUGAAACACUUCUGCUGCUUUGACUGUGACAACAUCCUCGCAGGUGAAAUAUAUGUGAUGGUCAGUGACAAGCCCACGUGCAAGCCCUGCUACGUGAAGAACCACGCCGUGGUGUGUCAAGGAUGCCACAAUGCCAUUGAUCCGGAAGUUCAGAGGGUGACCUACAACAACUUCAACUGGCAUGCGUCCACUGAGUGCUUUCUGUGCUCUUGCUGCAGCAAGUGUCUCAUUGGACAGAAGUUCAUGCCUGUGGAAGGGAUGGUUUUCUGUUCAGUGGAGUGUAAGAGGAUGUUGUCUUAGGAGGUGAGCGCCAAGCAAUACUGAGCUGUAACAAUCCAAAGCGGCCUGCAUUUCAAUAAUAGGAUGCAAUUUCAAAACAAUAAAAGGGGGAAAAAAUCUAUAAAGGCAACCAGAAUAUUCUGUUCUCUGUAAUUUUUUUCCUUUUUGAUUUUUCUAUCCCAACUUUAAAACCUGCUUUAAGCAUUUGAUUUUUAUUAUAAUGGUGAAGAACAUUUGAUUUCCUAAUGUGAAAUCUUAGUUGAAAGUUUGCUUUUAAUUAGUCUUCAUGUUGCUAUAUCCUGGUGCCAAAUUAAACAUUAAAGAUAGUGACCUGAAAGAAAUGGAGAACAUUUCUUAUUCUAUACUCUUUUUUUUUCAUUCAUGUAUAAAAUGAAAGGGAAAUGAAAUUUGCCCUGAGGCCAAAACUUUACAUUUAUUGUUCAUCGUAUUCACUGAACUUUAUAAUAUACCGUGAGUACUUUUUAUCAGAGAAAAUGAAAACUCAGCAUGGUGUGGUUAGCUGUUUUAAUGCCUAUUUGCUGUUUCCUGAUUUAGGCAGAGGUGGCAUUUUUUAUUGCAUUUUUCUAUAUUUACUUUAGCUCUCAUUUUUCUUUUGUAAGCUGAUGACCUCCAUCUGUGGCCUUGAAUAUUUUACUAUCACAUAUGGCAUAACAAUAUACACAUUCUUUUUUACUUUUAUUGAUCUUUGUCUUGGAACAUAAAAGCCAAGCCACACAUUUGUAUUAUUUUCAAACCAAAGAACAUGUAGAGUUUUGUAUCUAGAAAACCAUAACUUUUACUGAUUGCACUUGCCUACCAUGGUUUAAAUAGAUUUUUGCAUGAUUUUUAAUCUUGUUUUUGAUAUCUCCAAGCCUGUUUAUAGAUACAUAGAAUAUCUUUGCAUAUAUACUUCUAUCUUUAUUUCUUAUGGUUAAUUUCCUAUGUGCUUCCUUCCACACAUAUCUAUGCACUACAAAUAUAAAAUGGAAUGAGUGAUAUGUAUAUUAUUUUAAAAUAAAGUUUCAUUUUAUUAA